AGAUCUUGCCACUGUACUCCACCCUGGGCAACAAAGCAAGACCUUGUCUCAAAAAAAAAAUUUUUUUUUAAUUAAAUAAAUAAAAAGCAAAGGAAGAAUAGUGUUAUAAAAAUGAGGAUCAAAUUGAUUUUAUGGAAAUUAAGGGACUCAAAUUUGUCUUUCAUUUCUGUCAGUCUGGGCUUAAUGAUCAUAUUUCUCUGUGAUUUUAGUUUUUAUCAAUCUAAUCUUUCUUACCUUGGUGGGUUCUAAAUAUAAUUUCUUUCCCAUGUGUUUUUACCUCUUUCCACUAAAUAAACUCUUCUCCAGUUAGAACCACUUUGUUAUAUCUUCCCACAGUAUACUGUGUUUUCAUGACUUGGCAUUUCUGAAUCUUUUAAAACCAUUAAUCUUUCUCCACAGUUAUAAAACAUGCUAAAUAAUCAUGGAAUUUGAUUGUUGAAUUCAGCUUUUGUGACUCUACUCAGGCUCAAGUUGAUGAAGGAGUCCCUCUGAAGAUUUGCUUAUCUCAGUUCUGUAAAUGGAUUCAUAAGAUUCAGCAACAGAAGAACAUUAUUUUUGCUACUGGGGUUUCAGAGCCUUCUACUUCUGAAGUAAAAUUAUGUGCAUUUGUUACUUGGUCAGAGUCUUCAUCAGCUCAACAUCCUUUGCUUUUAUGCUUUGACACUUAAAAGAAAAAAAAAUGAGCCAUUUAAAGUAGGUUUUUUGUAUGACUGUGUUAGAGCAUUGCUGUUAAUAGUCAUUGAUAGCAAUACUGUGUUAUUGAUAGCAUAGCAUUGAUAGUCAUAUUUGGUUUUCAGUUACUACAAAAUGUUUUGUUUCUCAAUAACAUUAAUAUUUUCCUGGAAUAUAGAAAAUGUAGUCCUUGUAAUUUAACAUCUUUUCUUUCUGAAAUAAGGUUUUACUGGGUGUUUAAGAAAUCAUUUUGAAAUUUAGUCAUCAAUCCUAACUUGUUAAUAGUAAGUUAUAUAAAGUGAAUAAUUUUUAGAUAUUAGCAGAGCAAUGAAAUCUUACUGUUCUAUUUUAUAUGAUCUUACAGCAUUCUAUUUGUAAAUGGUGGCAGCAUAGGUAAAAAAUGCUGGCAUCGUUGACUUUGUUCUAUUUUAAUGUACCUAAUGCAGACUGGGACUUGGGGGUUUGCCUGGAGUAUGAGUGUAAAAGAAAACAGCUGUUAAAACCUGUGUUUUUAAAUUCUUGGAUUGAUCUCAGAGCAACUUACAAGCUUUUCUAUAGGAGAAAACCAAAAGGACUAAGUGGUGCCUUGCAGGAAGUAGGAAUAGAAUUCUCAGGACGAGAACAUUCUGGGUUGGACGAUUCUCGGAAUACUGCCCUUCUUGCUUGGAAAAUGAUCAGAGAUGGUUGUGUCAUGAAAAUUACAAGAUCAUUGAACAAGGUUCCCACUAAGAAGAAUUCCAGCAUUCUGGCCAGAAAUUUGAAUAUAAAUCAAGUUGAAGAAAUGUCUGCCUGUACCAUUAGCAUCCAGGGUCCCAGCAUAUAUAAUAAUGAGCCUAAAAAUACAAUAAAUCCUCAUGAAAAAGUUCAAAUGAAGUCAAUUUGUGCAAAUUCUCCUAUAAAGGCACAACAGGAUCAAUUACAAGUAAAGAACAAUGUAAAAGCAAGUCUUCACAAUGUCAAAAGUUGCUUAUCUGUUUUUAAUACUAAGUCCUCUACUUCUCUGGGGCAGUUGCAGUCUCCUACCUUGAAUUCACCUAUCUAUAUGCAAAAGCAAGGAAAAAAUGAACAUAUUGCAUUUAAUACCAAAUCUAAGUCUUCAACAGUUGGUUCAGAAUUGGUACUUGUUUCUACCACCAUUCCAACUGUUCAUCAUGUUUCUGAUUUGGAAAUGAGCUCUACUCUGGACUGUUUACCUAUGUUGGCUGAUUGGGAGGAUGUGGUUUUACUGCCAGCGUCUCAGCCUGAGAAAAACAUAGACUGUACAGUUCCCAUUAGUGACUCAGACUUAGAGAUUUCAUUUAAUUCUGGAGAAGGAUUAAUAGUUUUGAAAGAAUUAGAAAUGCCAAGUCAUGAAAACUUUGGAGACAUAGAGGAAACUCCUAAAAAAUCUGAGACUUCUAACUCUAUUGUGUACAAGAGUCCCCACACUACUAUUUAUAAUGUAAAAGAAGCCAAAGAUCCAGGUUCAGAUAUUUCUGCCUUUAAGUUACCUGAACACAAAUCAGGUACCUUCAACAGAGUUAAUGCCAAUAUGUCUCAUCCUUUAGUUUUGGGGAAACAUUCUGUUCUUUUAGGUGGUACCAAAAGGAAUCCAUGCAGUCCCCAAGCUUUCCCACCAGCAAAAAAACAACCCUUCACUAUUCAUAAAGAAAAGCCUACAUCAUCUGAUUGCUCCCCAGUAAGAAGUUCUUCCUGGAAGCGUCUCCCAUCUAUAUUGACUUCUACAGUUAACCUACAAGAGCCUUGGAAGAGUGGGAAAAUGACACCUCCCUUAUGCAAGUGUGGUCGAAGAUCUAAGAGACUUGUUGUUUCUAAUAAUGGACCAAACCACGGGAAAGUCUUCUAUUGUUGCCCUAUUGGGAAAUACCAAGAAAACAGAAAAUGUUGUGGUUAUUUCAAAUGGGAACAAACACUUCAAAAGGAAAGAGCCAACAGCAUGGUUCCAUCUCAUUCCACAGGGGGAGUCACAUUUAAUUCACCAGAAACGAGCCAUAUUUGUGACAGAAAUUUAAAUAUUUCCACCAAAAAUUCUUUGAGACUCAGGCCUUCAAUGAGGAAUUGAUAACCUUUCAUGUAUGAAUCCUAAUUGUUCCUUGAAUUUCCAAACAUGAGUAUUCUGAUAACAUCUUACACUAUUUUAUUUUUAUUUUAUAUAUUAAUGUUUACUGAAUUUAUCAUACUUUCUUCAGGAACCACAAAUGUAAUCUUUUGUAAACAGUAUUUAUUACAUAUAAUAAGCAACAAUAGUAUAUGAUCCUUCUUUUAUAGUUAGACCUUGAAACAAGUCUUAAACUAUUUUUAAAUUAUUUGCAAAAAAUGUGACUAAUAAAAAUCCCUAGUCUAUUUUCAGGUAGAUUCUUGUACUUUGAGAAUUAUCAUAAUCUUCUGAUAUUUUAUAUUUUUCUAAACACUUUUAUAAGUUCUUUAGUUUUAUUUCACGGCUUGAAUAUUGGUUCUGAUUUGUAUAUCAACAUAUCAGAAUAAUUAGUCAACUAAAGUUUGAAAACCUAUGUAGCAGAGAUUUGGUUCAGAAACUGCUUCUAUACUAUACAUUUAAAAAUCAGCAAUUGAUGACAUUUUUAUAUUAAGAAAUGAUAGGAACAUUGACACUAAUGUAGAGGAAUUUGCCAAAUAUUUUAUUUCAAAAUUUAGCCUCUGAUAUCAUAACCACAAGAUAUUUUAAAUCAACAGUUUCUAAGCAUACUACCACAGUUUUUAUCACGUCUCCAUCAUCCUGUGGUUUCUAGAGAUUGACAGAUACUAUGUUUGUUUUAUAGAUAUGGUAAUUAAUGAAACAAAUUUAAAUUGUCUUCCAUUCUUUCUUCCUCAGUUCAUUUCUUUUUGUUUUCCCACUGAUAGUCUUUGGCAGCUCUUGAAUAAAUUCUACCUGUUGGCAUCAAGAGGAAGAAAAUUAGCCUGGAAAUUUUUAUAUUUACAUAAAGCCAAUUAUAUAGCAGUUUGAUUAUGAAUUCUAGGUGGAAGAAUUAGAAUAGUCUUUGGAAUGGGUUUUGGGUAACAACCAAAAUAGGGAAAAGGGUAUUGUUAGGAAACUUGUCUUGAUAUUAAGUAUUUACUGCAAGUCCAGUAAGCCAAAGGAUCAAACAAAAUAGGUUCAGGGUUUCAUUUUAAUCUCAAAGAUUCUGAUUCUUACCCAUAUGUCAUCAGUUCAGUUUGGGACAUGUGGUGUAGCAUGUGUGAAGAAAAUAUUCAUUAAAAUGUAAAAAUAAACAGUUGAAAUUUUCCAUAACACUGAGCAAAUAUUUGUUAUAAUUAGGAUGCCUACCUUUCUGGGAUAUUUGUAAGGUGCUGUAGUUUUUUUAACAUGCUCCUGAAUCUCCUUUAUUAGUUGUUCUUGAUCAUGUGACUUGUAAUCAGGAUUUAGAACAAUAAAAGCCUUUACUACCUAAAAUAAAUAUUUGAAACACCA